GAGGGGUGGCAAGUGUAGAAUUUCCAUGUUUAAUCUUCAUUAGAGACACACACUCCGUGUAUUUCGUGUCAAGUUUUUGGAAUUAGUUUAUCAAAUAACCACACGGACUUGGAACGUCCCCCACGCAGAGUGUCGAAUUCAAUUGUUGCUGUGAUUUUUUUUUAUCUGCUUGAUCCUUACCCUGAUAUGCUCACGUAACAGACCGGCUAGUUACUAAAGGAAAUCAGAAAGAGGCUACUAUAAACAGAGGCGACCUUCAAUAGAGCCGCCCUAAGACCUGGCAGAACUGUCACGUUAUCGACGUUUUUGAACGUGCUUCUUUUCCAAAGAGGUUUGGCGUGUUACAGUGGAUAGAACUUCAAAUUGCAUUAUAAACUAGUGGAACUUAAAAGUGCAGUGCGUCUUUCAUGUAAAUACUGUGAUUUGAAGCUACGGGGACAAACACGUUCUGACAGCUUUGGAGACGAUUCGGUUAUACACGGUCAGAUAUCACAUCACUUAACAAGCUUCGGCUGGUCCGAUUGUCAACCUUCCAACAUUCAAGUUGUGUCAAAUUUUCCAUUAGGAUAAUUUUGAGAUAUAAAAUAACUGAAAAAUGGCACAGGUUAAACCCGCAGUGAGAGGCACUGAUCACAAGCGCCAAAGCAUAGCUCCAAGUGUAGGAGCUGCCUUGAAGAGGACUCAGGCGCCAGGUAUGGGUGCCCCGUCAAUGCGGAGUCAUGGACAGAAUCUAGAGACAGAAACGAAUUACGAUGUCAUUUCCAUGGCGGACAGGAGUGAAGGAAUUUACAGGAGAAACCUUCAAUAUGAAAAUACGUACAAAAUGGAGCCUGACGUCCGUUUUAUGGCUGGGUGUGUGGAGAAAGAAGCGGAGGAUGUCCUCACGGAGAGGCUGAAAGAUAUGAAGUACGAUCCUGCCACCUGCAAGCACCUGAGUCAGGAAUUGGCAGGGAUAAUCAUGGAAAGAGUCAAACUUUUUGCGUUUAAACGCUACAAGUUUGUCGUCGUAGUCAGCAUCGGCAGUCUAAAAGAAAGGCCGGGGAUGCAGUUCGGCAGCAGGUGUCUGUGGAACAAGGGCACGGACAGUUUUGCGAAUGUUAAAUUUGCCAACGGUUCUCUAUUUGCUGUCGCCAUGAUUUACGGACUUUAUUACGAGUGAAUAUCGCAAAUGUAGCCAUUCCAUUUCUCUUCUUAAUUUUUGCACGAAAAACAUCAACUGAGAUUGUGCUACAAAACUCGAUCUUCCGGGCUCAAAGUGAAUUCGAUUUCCAAUAUUAUUCAGUGCGCAUUGAUUUUGUUAUCCUCAUAAUCCUUAUUACAAAGACGUAUAUAAUUAACGACAAUACCAUAAGGAAGCCGAUAUGUCCGACCUUUGGUGACAUUAUUAAAUGUUUUGCUUGGCGACCACAUUAGAAACAACUUGAAGUCGAAUUAAACCAGUAUUCCAAAAGUCUUUUAAUCGAUUUAGCUCAGCGCUGGAAACAUUAAAAGUUUACCUAGGACACUCGAGGCACUUACUGGAUACAAGACUGCGUUAAGGGUGUUUGACUUUUGAAAACUUACAUGGGAUACAGUCUCCAGUCAGUAUUUGAAUAUGUUUUUGUGAAUUUUGAUGGAAAGAUCAACGGUUACUGGCUAUUUGCAUAUUUUUUUUAAUUGAUCUUCGAUUAUAUGUCUAAUUAACCCUUAUGCGCAUUUUGGGCUUCCCUUUCGUGGACAAUUUUAAGUCAUUUGAUGCAGAGCCAUUGGCUAAGGUUAUGUCUUUGUAUUGAUUUACCAUCCUACCUAUUAGUGCUCUUAUUUUCAUAAAUCGUAAACUAUAAAGAAUGGGCUCUCGAGACGAUUCUAAGAUAUGAUUAAGUAGUGUAGAACAAGUUUAAUGGUUAUACAUCUUUAAAGACAAACCCUGUACUGUUCAUAUACCACUAUUGUAGGUCGUCGAUGAGCAAGUCUGAAUUAGCAGAUGUAUUGGACGAUAACUUUCAUCUGAUUUUAUAGCUAAGCUAUUGAUACAUGAAAAUUAGACGCGAUGUGGUUCUUAACGACGUCCUUUUCUAUUAACACGGAACAUUGUUUAUUUUAGUGAAAAUACAGUAAUAAGGUUUUUGUUAAGACCA